UUGCUGGAACCAAAAGGAGUACGUUUUCUCGUUGAAGAUCCCGCACCGGGAACAUCUUUAAUAGAAUUCCACUACAGCAUUAACACGCCCCUUCUGGAUGUCGACGCUGGUAGAUGGAAUUAUGAUGUCAGGGCAAAGACUGGCGAUGUUUGGGUGCAUGAGAAUCGCAACGUGUUGCUAAACCCCGGGGAUAUCGUGUACUACUGGUUGAAUGCUUUAGUCGAUGACCUGGCCUAUCGAUUACUCGAACAGAGAUACAUAAUUCCUGGUGAUGGUCGUCCUGUGCAACAGAACCAAAGUCCGUGUGACGAUAAUCUUCGACUUAUGCUGGAUGAAAAGUUCUCUACUUUCGAUCUGAACACAUGGCAACAUGAAGUAACAGCGAAUGGAGGAGGGAACCGGGAAUUCCAAGUUUACACCCCUGAGCAAGGGAACGUCUAUGUGAGGGACAAAACAUUGUUUAUAAAGCCUACAUUGACAUCUGACAGAUUUGAUGAGGACUUUGUAAAAUACGGGACAAUGGAUGUAGCCAGCAUUUGGGGAAGAUGUACAUCCAACUAUUCCAACGGUUGUCUCAAACAGGGAGACGGGAGAAACAUUGUCAGCCCUAUUAUGUCAGGGAAGAUAAGGACAAAGCUGUCCUUCAGAUAUGGACGAAUUGAGGUUGUUGCGAAGAUGCCACGAGGCGAUUGGAUCUGGCCCGCCAUCUGGAUGAUGCCUCAAAAAAACGAAUAUGGCCACUGGCCUCGUUCUGGAGAAAUCGACAUUUGUGAGAGUCGAGGCAAUGUAGACUAUGGUGGUAUAGGUGUUCAUACAGUUGGGUCUACUCUUCAUUGGGGUACAGAUUAUCAUUCAGAUCGAAUGAGGAUGACACAUGGCCACAAGAAACUCCAGGGACUAAGCUUUGGUGAAAAGUUUGUGAAAUAUACACUUGAUUGGGACGCAUUGGGCAUCAGGGUUUAUUACGACGGUGAAGUUGUACUGAAUGCUUCUACCCCCAAGAAUGGUUACUACAGAUAUGGCUACUUGCCCUUCAAUCCAUGGGAAAACAGUGCCAAUGACGCUCCAUUCGAUAAAGAGUUUUACUUAAUCUUAAAUGUAGCUGUUGGCGGGAAUAAUUAUUUUCCCGAUGGGGUACCAAAUAGCCGAAAGCCAUGGGAAAAUAAGUCCAGAUUUGCCCCCGGUGACUUUUGGAAGAAAAAGAAUGAUUGGUACGCAACGUGGAAGGGCGAAGAUGCCGCUUUGCAAAUAAAAUCUGUUAAAAUAUGGAAAAGGGUCGAUUGA